AUGCCCGAGCCAGCAAAGUCAGCGCCCAAGAAGGGCUCCAAGAAAGCCGUCACCAAGACCGCAGGGAAAGGCGGCAAGAAGCGCAGAAAGUCCAGGAAGGAGAGUUACGCCAUCUACGUGUACAAAGUCCUGAAGCAGGUCCACCCCGACACCGGCAUCUCCUCCAAGGCCAUGGGAAUCAUGAACUCCUUCGUGAACGACAUCUUCGAGCGUAUCGCCGGAGAGUCCUCUCGCCUGGCCCACUACAACAAGCGUUCUACCAUCACCUCCAGGGAGAUCCAGACCGCGGUACGCCUGCUACUCCCCGGUGAACUUGCCAAACACGCCGUGUCCGAGGGCACCAAGGCCGUAACCAAGUACACCAGCUCCAAGUAA